GAAACGUCAGUCUAUCUACUUUAUGUCAUUAUCAACAAAUUGUCAAUGACCGAGUGAAUGAAUAUUACGUACGGCCUGUGUUAAAAAUUAAUAAAGCACGUGUUAAAUCAUCUCAUAAACUUAUUAUAACAAUAUACUUUAAUAUAGUCAACAAGGAUGGAUGUCCUAACCAGGCCUGCGGAAGAGUUUGGAAAUGAUGAAACAUUGGAGCACCUGUGGGCUGCAAAGGCUAUGGAACACAGUGACAUUUACUUUAACGUCUUAUGUUCAGUAGAUACACGGUUGCUACGCCUCACCCCGCAAGACGACCUAAUAUACACACACUUCAGGCAAGACUUCCCCGACCUUAAUGUAGCCUACAUCAAAGAAAAUGAAAUUAAAAACAACCACAACAAAGCAAAAUGGCGUGCGUAUUGCGAAAAAUUCAAAAAUAUCAUUGAAGACUACAGUUUUGGGACUUUGAUGAGAGCAGACACAAAAGGGGACUACUCAGAACAGAAUACCAUACUAGUGCCAAGAGUGCAGUUCUAUGCUAUAGAAAUUGCUCGGAAUCGUGAAGGAUUGAACAAUGAAGUGAAGAAACGGUUCAAAUGCCAGUCUAAAGCUAAUUUAGAGGCUCAGGAACACAAAACUGCUGUCACCGCGUAGGUCUUAGAAAAUGUGUCUGUUAUCUAAUUACCACCAACAUUUUGAUACAUUUUAUAUCGAGUCAUGGCAAUUAGCACUGCAGGCAUUUUUUUCAAAUGGCCGUUUAAUUUUAAGGUGUUGCCAAUACAGAUUAAGUUAAGAAGUCAAAAUAAGCUGAAUUUUUUUAAUUACAUGAAAUUAUUAAGCUUAAAAUAAAUUUAAAAGUGGAAAAAUUACUGCCUUGGGUAGAUUUGAACUCAGGGCCUCUGGAUCCAAUUCUAUUCUCUCAAUUAUCUGUCAGUUUAAUAUCCAGAGACCGCAAGUAGGUACAAGUCUCACUAAGGCAGUAAUUUUUCCACUUUUAAAUUUACAUGAAAUUAUAUUUGGCCAGCAGUUCUGAAAAUAAAAUCUUUAAAAUACUUACUUAUUGUAUGGCGCCUACACUGUUCGUAGUUUUUGGUCAAAUAUUGUUCUAUUUAUUUUCUUUUUCUAUACCUACCUACCAAGGAGAGUUGUAACAAAAUAUUUCGAAUUUUGGAUACUGAAAUUUUGGUACAGUGUCAAGGAGCCAUUACAAUAAUUACCUGAAAUAUUUCAGUGUUAUUACCACUUUUUUGGAAGAAGAAAGAAUCUGAUUAUAAAUAUGUAAACAUGAAUAUUGCCUCGGGCAUAAGUGUCAAUAGCCAGCCGUGUAGAAUUAUUUCCAUAAAAGCCUAUUAGUGUUAAGAUCUCUGGCCAUUGACUACGACGCAUAUCAACGCGAUAGCCAAAAUCACUGGUCCUUACAAACUGUUUAUGAAUAAUUAAAAAAACCUAAUAAACAGCCAUUGUUGAAAAGCGUAUUUCAAUGGGCUAAGAUCAUUAUUAAUAAGCCUACAUACCUUGAUAUAACCUGUUUACCUUUGGCUGCUAAGUAUUCAGUACUAGUUUAAGGAAUAGGUUAGUAAAAUGAAUGAGGUGCUCAAUAACUCAUACAUUUUGUGUAAUAAAUUUUAUACUACA